UUUCAGUCCUCAAUCGAAAUGCUAGAUGGCUCCAUAAACUCCGCACGGAUCGUUGAAACAGAGCAAAUCUUGAUUAUUCAUCCUGCAAUUGAAGUUGCUAUCGAAAAUGCCCGAAAAGAACGCACACUUCCGAGUCUAGACGACCUGCCUCGAGAAACAGAGCUCCUUGAAACGCUUCGAGGCAACGUGGAAUCGUGGCAGUCAUCUAUUGCAGCUGUGGUCAAUCAGGAUGUCCCUCCAUUGACGAGUCUGCAGCACGAGUUGGCUCUCUGGGAAUGCUAUGGGCGUGAGCUCAGCGCACUGUGUGGGCAACUAUGCAACCGCGAAGAUGUGUUGCUUGUCGCUGAAUGGUUCCAGAAGACCAGGGAUGAACUGGUCAUCCUCGAUUUGUUACGGAAUACUGGCUUACAAGAGCACCUCGAGCGGACUCAUAAAUUCACUGAUUUCCUCACUGGCGUGGAAUGCUUGCUUUGCGAACUUUGUUCUGCGACAAAUCUAGCUGCAUUGAACCAUGUUGUCGAUCAAAUCUUCCCCUUCGUCUACAAAACCGUGCGACGGGUCCCAUACCCCAACCGCCGCUCCUUGCCGCUCAUCAACGAAAUUUCCCGCGAGUUCAAUACGCAGCUCGCUCGCAUUCUGUCGGGGCUCAGUCUCAUAGAUGUUCCCUACACCACUUGCGAGAAUCAUUUUGUGGAUGCCGCCACGGUGUUUGAGACUUGGAGAAAGCACUGCCGCGAAUUCAGCUGUGUUGCCAGGGAGGUGGGGCGUCGGCGCGCGGAGAGGUUUAUCCCAAUCAAGGUGGUGACUCCCCAUUAUGUGCUGCAAGAGCGGGUCAGAGAGUUCCAGGAGCUGCGACACAAACAUGCGCGGUUGGAGGAGCUGCCCCAAUCCGGAGACGCCUACGAAGUGUUCAAGACCGUAGAACUUGUCGAUAUUUCACCUGAAGGUCAAGUUGCAUGGGAGAUGGCCAAGCAUUUGUACUCUGAAAAGAUUCAAAGCGUUAAUUAG